AUGGAACAAACUAUUGGAUCAACGGUUCAAGCUAAUACCUCGGAAAUAUUGAGAAAAAAUAAGGGUAGAAGGAGCUCAAAAGUGAAAAACAGCGAUAUAGGUCCUAUAUUGGAGACUUUAGGAGACGAUGUAACAAUAGCAUCAGAAACAGAAAACGUGAAUAAAAAAAGAAACAGCCUAGUGACUGGAGCAAAGGAGAUUCCAUUUAUGGAUAACCGAGGUGAUAUUUCAAUUAAUUUCUCUGAAAGACAGUUUACUCCAAACGUUUAUGUUGAAAAUCGAAGUGGCUUUCGUUCUCAUCCAAUUAAGGAUUAUGAGAAAAAUAUGCCUAUAAAAAGAAAUGAAGAAUCUACAGUUAAAAGACUAAAUGACAAACAAGAACUGAUGUAUACGCAUAACAAUCCAGGAUUACAUUUUGUUAUCAGCAUACAUGAAACACUUCAAAUUUUGACAUUUACAUUAUUUGGCUUAUUGGCUGGUGCAAGUUUAGUGCAUACACUAUUCGUACAAUCAUUAAUUAAUCCAAGACAAAUUAAAAGCGAUGGUUCUUGGGAUUAUAAUUAUGGUGAUGGUUAUUUGCCAUUAUUGAAAUAUUAUGGAAUUUAUGCACGUUCAAUCUCUAUUACGUUUUAUACAUCGUUAGCUUUGAUAGGUGUUUUUGUAUUCGGAAAAUUCGAUUUAGGAAGACCAACAACGAAUUGUAUUCGGAAAUGUGUUAAACUCCAGAAUGGACUAAUGGCUAUCAUAUUUUAUAUGAUCGCUUUCGUAAUACACAAUUCGAUGGGUUGGUUUGAUUAUAUAUUUCAUGUGAAUAGUUAUAAAUCUGAAGAUGAAAUAAGAUACCUAUUGAGUACACAAAUUGAUUUAAAUAAUUUUCUUAAAAUAUGGCAGAUACUUGAUGCUUGUCGUACAGCAUUCAUAAUAAUAACAUGGAUAUCCGUUGCAUUAGGUGAUUCGACUCAUGACAGGUUAACUACAACGUUGAAUAUUAAUCCUAUGAAAAUUGGAGAUGGUAGUCAAAACAAUAUCCAGCCGAAUUAA